AUGGUUGUACCGAAGCUGCAGUUUUAUUUGUUGUUUCUUAUUGAGAGUAUUUUAAGCAAGAGGCAGAAAUACAACACGUAUAAGGAAUCCGUCUCCCGCGUUACUCCGUAUAAUCCACAAGUGCUCGAUAAGACAUGCCUUCUAAAGCCAGAUAUUGGGCCAUGUCGAGGAGAUAUCCUAAUGUACUUCUACAAUCCUUCUACCAAGGACUGCUCAAAGUUCUUCUGGGGUGGAUGUCAGGGAAACGGCAACAGAUUCAACUCUCGCUCAGAAUGUCUUCAGGCCUGCUUGAGUGAACCGAAUGGGAGACGUCAGCGACCCCGUUGGUGCAGUUUAACUUUCGAUUAUGGAUAUUGUUUUGGGUCCCUAACAGUUUGGUACUACGAUCCGCUGUGGCAAGUAUGCAAGGAAAGGAUCUACUCAGGCUGCGGUGGAAAUAAAAACAACUUUUAUAAUAAAGAGCAGUGCGAAUCCAUCUGCAAUUUCAAUACUGGAAUCAUCAAAUGGGCGACAAAAGGCGCCGAUAGAGUUAAAAAGGUGAUGAUUAUCAAUCCUAUAGGAGCCACAUCCAAAAGGGGCAAGCAUCAAGUAUCGACUACGAGAAUGAUUUCUAAUAAACCAAAUUUGACAAUAAAAAAUACUUAA